GCCACCGCCACCGCCGCCGCAGCGAGCCCUGAUAUAAGGCAGGCCUGGGGCAGCGACCUGGAGCACACCGCACCCGCCAGGAGCAUCGUUCGCGCACCCGCGUGUACACGCCGCCGUCAGGCCAGGACAUCUAUCAAGCAUCUGAAGUUCACUGAGAGCAGUGCUUAAAUUUAAAAUGAGCAUUCGACGAAGAUUGUUACUUCCUCUUCUAGUGAUAGCGUCUCUGGCAUGUAUUGCAGAUUCCAAUGUCACUGACAUCUACGCUACAUUGUGGAAUACCCCUAUCUGCCGAGAAAAAAUGUCCUUACUUUUUUUGACAGCGGGGCAGUGUCGAGACUCUACAUGCGGGCCCAACGCCAAAUGUGCCAGUACGGGCCGUCGGUGUGUGUGUAGUCCGGGUUAUUAUGGUCGGCCUCCUUUCAAGCAAUGCCGCCUAGAAAGUGAUCCAGAAUGUAUCAAUGAUGUGGGGUGUCCAGACAACCAAGCAUGCCGUGAUCGCUUAUGUUUAAGUCCUUGUGGUUGGACAUGCUCUCCAGAUCAUAGGUGUAUCGUACAGAACCACAAGGCUAAAUGUGGACCUAGCAUCUACCCCACUGCAGCACCAAGACCAGUGGCAUAGUUAUUUGCAGGCUGAACGCAGAUAUAUUUCCUAGAGUUUCAAACAUUAUGAACCAAGAAAUGAAGUUAUCAACACAAAAGUAUGGAUUGAAUGUAUAUAUUUAUUAAAUGAAGAUGAUGAUGUUUUAAAUGCAAAACUCAGAUUGAAAUGCUUCAUUUAAUUAAUGAAGUAGCAAAUUAAUGUGAAUUUUAAAAAUUUCUUGGAAAUAUUAAAAAGAUAUUUGCUUUAUCUAAUACUAAAAAAUUGGAAUUGAUUUUAUUGAAAACCGUUAUUAAAAAACACAGAAGAAAAAACCCAAAAAGAACAAUAAAAUACUUAUAUUUUUUAAGAAAGAGCUUGUGUCUGAUCUUUUUAUUGUUAA